CAGAGAAGAGCUCUCUCUCUCUCUCUCUCUCUCUCUCAAUACACCAAAAGCGUUAAAUCGACCCAGAGCUUACUCUUCUUCAUCUUUAAUUUUUAUCUGGAAAAAUGCCACUCAGACUCGAAAUUAAGAGGAAACUUGCUCAAAGAUCAGAGAGAGUAAAAUCUGUAGAUCUUCAUCCAACUGAACCAUGGAUUCUAGCAAGUUUGUAUUCUGGAACUGUUUGUAUCUGGAACUACCAGUCACAGGCCAUGGCUAAGUCGUUUGAGGUCACUGAGUUGCCAGUUAGGUCGGCCAAGUUUGUUGCACGCAAGCAGUGGGUUGUUGCUGGUGCUGAUGAUAUGUUUAUUCGUGUAUACAACUACAACACCAUGGAUAAGGUCAAAGUAUUUGAGGCACAUACUGAUUACAUUAGAUGUGUGGCUGUCCAUCCUACUCUUCCAUAUGUGUUGUCAUCAUCUGAUGAUACGCUCAUAAAACUUUGGGACUGGGAGAAGGGUUGGGUGUGUACUCAAAUAUUUGAGGGACAUUCCCAUUAUGUCAUGCAAGUGACCUUUAAUCCCAAAGACACUAACACUUUUGCUAGUGCAUCUCUUGACCGUACGAUAAAGAUUUGGAACCUUGGUUCACCUGAUCCAAAUUUUACUUUGGAUGCCCAUCAGAAAGGUGUAAAUUGUGUUGAUUACUUUACAGGUGGUGAUAAACCCUAUCUAAUCACUGGUUCUGAUGAUCAAACUGCUAAGGUAUGGGAUUACCAAACCAGGAGUUGUGUUCAAACAUUGGAAGGCCACACACACAAUGUUUCCGCAGUUUGUUUCCAUCCUGAACUUCCAAUUAUUAUUUCCGGUUCUGAGGAUGGGACAGUUCGUAUUUGGCAUGCUAUCACUUAUAGGCUUGAAAAUACAUUGAAUUAUGGUCUUGAGAGAGUUUGGGCAAUUGGAUAUAUGAAAGGUUCACGGAGGAUUGUGAUUGGGUAUGAUGAAGGAACUAUUAUGGUGAAAAUUGGUCGUGAGGUACCUGUAGCAAGUAUGGACAAUACUGGGAAGAUCAUAUGGGCUAAGCACAAUGAAAUUCAAACUGUGAAUAUUAAGAGUGUUGGAGCAAAUUUUGAGGAGGUUACUGAUGGAGAAAGAUUGCCCUUGGCUGUUAAGGAAUUGGGAACCUGUGAUCUGUACCCUCAGAUCUUAAAGCACAAUCCAAAUGGGAGGUUUGUUGUUGUCUGCGGAGAUGGUGAGUACAUCAUAUAUACAGCUUUGGCAUGGAGAAAUAGGUCAUUUGGUUCAGCACUGGAAUUCGUUUGGUCAUCUGAAGGAGAGUAUGCUGUAAGAGAAAGCUCAUCAAAGAUAAAGAUUUUCAGCAAAAAUUUCCAGGAAAAGAGGAGUGUCCGACCAACUUUCUCUGCUGAGCAUGUUUUUGGGGGCUAUUUAUUGGCAAUCUGCUCCAAUGAUUUCAUUUGUUUUUAUGAUUGGGCUGAAUGCAGGUUGAUUCGUCGAAUUGAUGUUACUGUGAAAAAUCUCUACUGGGCUGAUAGUGGUGAUUUGGUAGCCAUUGCCAGUGAUACAUCUUUCUAUAUUCUAAAGUACAAUCGGGAUGUAGUUCAAUCUUAUUUAGACAGUGGAAGACCAGUUGAUGAACAAGGAGUCGAGGAUGCAUUUGAGCUUCUUCAUGAAACCAAUGAACGUGUCAGGACCGGCCUUUGGGUUGGGGACUGUUUCAUUUACAACAACUCUUCAUGGAGACUUAAUUAUUGUGUUGGUGGAGAGGUUACCACUAUGUUUCAUUUGGACCGUCCUAUGUACUUGUUGGGAUAUCUUGCAAGUCAAAGUCGGGUGUAUCUGAUAGACAAAGAGUUUAAUGUUAUUGGGUAUACAUUACUUCUCAGCCUGAUUGAGUACAAGACACUUGUGAUGCGUGGAGACUUAGAAAGGGCCAAUGAAAUUUUACCUUCAAUUCCUAAAGAGCACCAUAAUAGUGUGGCUCAUUUCCUAGAAUCACGAGGUAUGAAUGAGGAGGCUUUAGAAGUAGCUACAGACCCUGAUUACAGAUUUGAGCUUGCUAUACAGCUUGGUAAAUUAGAUAUUGCUAAGGAGAUAGCCGCCGAAGUUCAGAGUGAGUCUAAAUGGAAGCAAUUGGGAGAAUUGGCUAUGUCCACCGGAAAGCUACAAAUGGCCGAGGAAUGCAUGAAGCAUGCAAUGGAACUGAGUGGUUUAUUGCUACUUUAUUCCUCUAUGGGAGAUGUGGAUGGAAUAUCAAGACUUGCAUCUCUUUCCAAAGAGCAAGGGAAGAACAAUGUUGCUUUUCUUUGUUUAUUCAUGUUGGGUAAAUUGGAGGAUUGCCUCCAGCUUCUGGUGAAAAGCAAUCGUAUACCUGAGGCUGCUCUGAUGGCACGAUCUUAUCUUCCAAGCAAGGUUUCAGAGAUGGUAGCAAUUUGGAGAAAAGACCUCAACGUGGUUAAUCCAAAAGCGGCUGAAUCUCUGUCUGAUCCUGAAGAAUAUCCCAACUUGUUUGAGGAUUGGAAACUUGCUCUAACUCUUGAAUCUCAAGUAGCAGAAACAAGGGGUGUCUAUCCUCCUGCAUCAGACUAUUUGAAACAUGCUGAUAGAUCACAUAUGACACUCGUGGAGGCUUUCAGAAACAUGCCAGUAGAGGAGCCUCUUGAAAUUGGUGACCCUGUUCACGAGAAUCUAGAGGAGCAGAAUGGAGAAGAGGGUAGCCAAGAGGAGGCUGUUGUCGUGGAUGCUGAUUCUAAUGAUGGUGUAGUACUCGUCAAUGGCAAUGAACAUGAAGAAGAGUGGGUGGUUACACCAGAUCACGUGGUUUCGUGAAGACAUUCAGUUCGAGCUCCAUUCAGAACAUAUUUAAGCUAGAAACAAGUGAUACAAGAGGGCCGAUUGUCUUGUGUUCCUGGAGGUUUAGUUGGAUCUAUCGACGGUCAUAGAAUUUUGGAAUGGGGCAGAAUACACAGUGGAUCCUGCUCAUGCCGUAUGUAUGUCAUCCAGCGUAUUCAUAUACCCGUGUGUAUUAUUCUGUGUAUUUCUACAAAAUUUGAUACGUCUACAUUGUGUUAUAAUAUUAGUUUUAAUAUUGAAUCAUCAUGUUUAAU